AUGUCAACACACUCAAAUCACCCAUUCCAUUUAGUAGAUUACAGCCCCUGACCUUUAACAGGAGCAAUUGGAGCUAUAACAUCCGUAUCAGGAUUAGUAAAAUGAUUCCAUCAAUAUGACAUUUCACUCUUUGUAUUAGGCAAUAUGAUUACCAUUUUAACAGUAUACCAAUGAUGACGAGAUGUCUCUCGAGAGGGAACCUUUCAAGGCCUACACACUCUACCCGUAACCUUAGGACUUCGAUGAGGAAUAAUCCUAUUCAUUUUAUCAGAAGUAUUGUUCUUUGUAUCUUUUUUCUGAGCUUUUUUUCAUAGAAGACUAUCUCCAGCUAUCGAAUUAGGGGCUAUAUGGCCUCCAGCAGGAAUUCAACCAUUUAAUCCAUUCCAAAUCCCUUUACUAAAUACAGCAAUCCUUUUAUCUUCAGGAGUCACAGUAACUUGAGCUCACCACAGACUAAUAGAAGGUAAUCAUUCACAAGCUACACAAGGAUUAUUUUUUACAGUACUAUUAGGAAUUUAUUUUACUAUUUUACAAGCGUACGAAUACAUUGAAGCCCCAUUUACUAUUGCAGACUCAGUUUAUGGGUCUACCUUUUUCAUAGCAACAGGAUUCCACGGAAUUCACGUAUUAAUCGGAACUUCAUUCCUACUUGUAUGCCUAAUCCGCCAUUUAAAUAAUCAUUUUUCAAAAACACACCAUUUUGGAUUCGAAGCAGCUGCAUGAUACUGACAUUUUGUUGAUAUUGUUUGACUAUUCCUAUAUAUCUCAAUUUACUGAUGAGGAGGCUAA